CUGCCAUUCCCGAGAUGAAGCUCCUCAUCAUCCUGGUCCUGGCCGUGGCUGCCUCCGCUUUCCCAGAGCCAAAGCUCCACCAACGCAUCCGCGAGAUGCCCGUGGUUGACAGCAUCGAGGGUCGCAUCACCGGAGGAAGCGAUGCCUCCGUCGGCCAGUUCCCCUACCAGGUGGGACUUUUCCUGAAUUUGAAUAAAUGGUGCGGCGGCUCUUUCAUUGGUAGCCAAUGGGUGCUAAGUGCUGCCCAUUGUACAUAUGGAGUUCUUUUUGCGAUCGUCUACCUGGGAGCCACCGAGCGCACCUCCGCCGAGGCAAUCCGCUUGGUCACCAGGUCCAGCUUCAUUAAUCACCCCGACUACGACCCCGUUUACUUGAAUAGCGACAUUUCCCUAAUAAGGAUCCCCCACGUCGACAUCAGCUUUAGGAUCAAGCCCGUAAUGCUACCACCCAUCGCCAACUUAUACCCGACCUAUGACGGAGCUUCCGUUGUUGUUUCCGGAUGGGGCCUCAUCAGCGACUCGGCAACCACAGUGGUUAAUAAGCUACAGUACGCCACUUUACAGGUGAUCGACAACAGCGUGUGUGGCAGAACCUACGGAUCCUUGGUCGUGACCUCUAAAACAAUCUGCACCUCCACCCCCGGCGGUGUGUCCACCUGCCGCGGUGACUCCGGCGGUCCUAUGACUCUGCAGUCCUCCAAUGUUCAGAUCGGUGUUACAUCCUUUGUCUCAAGCGCUGGUUGCCAGUCCGGUAAACCUGCUGGCUUCGUCCGUGUAACCAGUUACUUGGACUGGAUCAAGAACGAAACUAAUAUCUAUUACUAG